AUGUCUCGCCGCAAGCAAGGCAAACCCCAGCACUUGAGCAAACGGGAGUUUUCGCCUGAGCCGCUGUCAGGUGUUUUACCAGAAGAAGACUGUCAGGACUCCCCCAGGCUGGGAGUGGCUCAGGGUGAGCCCCUAAAAGGGGACCAGGACCUGCUGACCUGCGGCCAAUGCCACUCCCGCUUUCCCCUGGCUGACAUCCUGCUGUUCAUUGAACACAAACGGAGGCAGUGCCACGGGGGCCUCUGUAUGGACAAACCUCUGGACAGGCCACCGUCCUCCCCGCUCCAUCCGCGGAGGGUGUGUCACCCCGUAGAGGUGGCUGUUCAGGUGUCGCCGCGGGAUGAGGAUUGUUUAUCUGCACCCUUGCAAGGAAUAAUCCCCAAGCAGGAGAAUAUCACAGAUAAAGAUGAGCCCAGCAGUUACACCUGUACGACGUGCAAGCAGCCCUUCACCAGUGCCUGGUUCCUGCUCCAGCAUGCCCAGAACACGCACGGCUUCCGCAUCUAUCUGGAGAGUGAGCCCGGCAGCCCCCUCACCCCCCGCGUGGCUGCUGCUCCUGGGAUGGGGGGUGACUGUGCCUCCUCUCAGCCUCCUAUCCAUGCUGUCCACCUGGCUGAUGGGAGUCCUUACAGCCUGCUGAGGAUGCCGGGCUCUGGGUCUGGCCGGGAUUCAGCGUCCACACCUCGUGAGGGUCGUUAUCCCCAAACCCCACCCCUGUUUAGCCCCCCACCACGCCAUCACCUCAGCCCUGAUGACCUGGCCCUGGCAACCCACCAUCCCAGCGCCUUUGACAGGGUGAUGAGGCUCAACUCAGUGCCACUAGAACCCCCUCCAAGCAUGGACUUCUCCAGACGGCUACGUGAGCUGGCUGGGAAACGCCACAGGGCCUCCCCACCUCUCUCCCCUAACAGGCCCAGCCCUAUGCAACGGCUGCUACAGCCAUUUCAGCCAGGUACUAAGGCUCCAUUUUCAGCAACGCCUCCCCUCUCCACCUCUCAGUCACCUUCUGGCUCACGUUCCACCCCCAAUCCUGUAUCCAAUGCAGCCCAACCAGGCACACCUCUCAAGGCAAAGUCUUGUGAGUUCUGUGGGAAGACCUUCAAGUUCCAGAGCAAUCUAAUCGUUCACCGGCGAAGCCACACGGGGGAAAAGCCAUUCAAGUGUCACCUGUGUAACCACGCCUGCACACAGGCCAGCAAACUGAAACGACACAUGAAGACGCACUGUCAGAGCAAGUCUUCGGUACUUAAUGCCAAGUCAGAUGACGGUCUCUCAACUGCCAGCUCCCCUGAGCCUGGUACUAGCGAGCGGAUAGGCAGUGCCACGGAUGCUCUUAAGUCAGUAGUGGCCAAGUUCAAGAGUGAGAACAAUGGUCUGAUGCCUGAAAAUGGAGAAGAAGAGGAGGAAGAGGAGGAGGAAGAGGAGGAAGAAGAGGAAGAGGAAGAGGAGGAGGAAGAGGAAGAAGAAGAGCUAGAGGAGGAGGAAAUAGAGGGUAAGCCUGUAAUUGAAGAAGAAGAGGAGAGGAAUGACUAUCGUUUCAGCCUGCGGCUAGAAGGGGCCCGCCACCACCAGAACAGUGAUGCCCUGCACCCACACCGCCGGAGCUCUUCCCGGGAGCCCGUUGAUGAGGACUCUGCCAUGGAGUCAGACAGGGCAGAUGAUGGAACCACAACUACCAUCAAUGGCCUGGGACCUAUAUCCACUGACAGCCUGUCCAGGAAGUUGUUAGGGGGAAGGGUCAGCCCUGGUUCACUCAGUCCGCUGUCCAAGCGCAUCAAGGUGGAGAAGGACCUUGACCCUCCCACGCCAACCAUCCCGAACACAGAGAACGUCUACUCCCAGUGGCUAGCUGGGUACGCUGCCUCGCGACAACUCAAGGACCCUUUCCUCAACUUUACAGGUGGGGACUCCAGACAAUCGCCCUUCGCCUCCUCAUCUGAGCACUCGUCAGAGAAUGGCAGCUUGCGUUUCUCCACUCCACCCGGCGAGCUGGACGGGGAACGGGCUGCUUCGGGACGUAGCGGCACCGGUAGUGGGGCAAGCACUCCCCACGGUGGCAGCGGGAAUGGACGGCCAAGCUCCAAGGAAAGCCGCCGCAGUGACACCUGUGAGUUUUGCGGCAAGGUGUUCAAGAACUGCAGCAACUUGACAGUGCACCGACGCAGUCACACUGGAGAGCGGCCCUACAAGUGUGAGCUUUGCAGCUACGCCUGCGCUCAGAGCUCUAAGCUCACCCGCCACAUGAAGACCCACGGACAGAUGGGCAAGGACGUUUACAAAUGUGAAAUCUGCCACAUGCCUUUCAGUGUAUACAGCACUCUGGAGAAACACAUGAAGAAGUGGCACAGCGACCGCCCUCUGGCUAAUGACAUUAAGACUGAGUAG